AGCGAGAAGCGAGGGCAGUAUGCUGUGCCGGGCGCGGAUUGGCCGCUUUCCUUCACCGGGUUCUCUUUCGUGCCUAUGGUUACCGGCGAGUGAGUGAAGUGGGGGCGCGGAAGCUGCUCGACAAGACCCCCGCCAUGUCCCCCCGUUCCCUGGGCGCUCUGCUGCUGUUGCUGCUGUGCCUGCUUGGGGACGCCAUUGCCGGGAGAGAUUUCUAUAAGAUCUUGGGGGUGCCUCGCAGUGCAUCUGUUAAAGAUAUUAAAAAGGCCUACCGAAAAUUGGCCUUGCAGCUUCACCCAGACAGGAACCCUGAUGAUCCACGUGCGCAGGAAAAGUUCCAGGAUCUCGGGGCUGCCUAUGAGGUAUUGUCAGAUGAAGAAAAGCGAAAGCAGUACGAUGCAUAUGGAGAAGAGGGGUUGAAAGAGGGUCACCAGAGUUCCCAUGGAGAUAUUUUUUCACAUUUCUUUGGAGACUUCGGUUUCAUGUUUGGAGGCAAUCCUCGUCAGCAAGACAGGAACAUUCCAAGAGGAAGUGACAUCAUUGUGGACCUAGAAGUUACACUGGAAGAAGUGUAUUCAGGGAAUUUUGUGGAAGUUAUUCGAAACAAGCCGGUAGCAAGACAAGCACCAGGCAAGCGGAAAUGCAAUUGCCGGCAGGAGAUGAGGACAACCCAGUUAGGCCCAGGGCGUUUCCAGAUGACCCAAGAAGUUGUCUGUGAUGAGUGUCCCAAUGUCAAGCUUGUGAAUGAAGAACGAACUCUAGAAGUGGAGAUAGAGCCUGGUGUGAGAGAUGGCAUGGAAUAUCCCUUUAUUGGGGAAGGGGAACCCCAUGUUGAUGGAGAGCCAGGCGACUUGCGCUUCCGAAUAAAAGUUCUCAAGCACCCAGUCUUUGAACGAAGAGGGGAUGAUUUAUAUACAAAUGUGACUAUCUCACUGGUUGAGGCUCUCGUUGGCUUUGAAAUGGAUGUUGCCCAUUUAGAUGGACAUAAGGUUCAUGUUGCCCGAGAUAAAAUCACAAAGCCUGGAGCCAAGCUGUGGAAGAAAGGAGAAGGUCUUCCCAAUUUUGACAACAACAACAUUAAAGGCUCUCUAAUAAUUACAUUUGAUGUAGACUUUCCCAAAGAGCAGCUCACAAGUGAACAGCGGGAAGGUCUCAAAAAACUGCUGAAACAGGCAUCUGUACAGAAGGUGUAUAAUGGACUGCAAGGAUAUUAAAACAGGAGGCAAAUAGACUUUGCUGCAAAUGAAUGAAAUCAGUGCUGUAAACUGCAGUCUUUUCUUCUGGUCAUUGUAGAACAAAGCUGAGGGGUGUCGGAGUGACCACUGAAACCUCUAUUUUUACCAAUAGUGAGGUGAUUCUGGGACAGAUCAGAAGAUGGCAACAGAUAUUUCCUUAUUCAGGACACAACUGGUGCUCUAUUCGGAGCAAACAGGCUCCAACAGUCGUGAGAUGUGAGGUGUUUUAACAAAAGUAACGCAUUGAAAUUCUGGUUUUAAAAUAUAUUUUGAUGUUGCUUUUUCCUUGCCCCUCUGAAUGAAUUUUUAUCCCUCUGUUGUACCUUAAAUCCCCUGUUUCAGGCAUUCAUGGGCCCAAAUUUGAAGCUGUUGGUUAAAAACAUUUCCUCGAUGUCCUGAUUUUUGUUAUCUUGCAAAAAUACCCAGCCCUUUAUCACUUACUCUAAUGGAUUUGGAGCAAGAGAGAACCUUAUCUCUGCAAAUUUCAAUUGUUACCUGCAUUGGCCUCUUUCCGGUCCGAUUGUCCAGAUGCUUCCUGUUGUUCACCCCAUGGAAGCGUUCUUUAGGCUUUGCCACCCCACCCCCACCCCAAUAGAGGGGGCUCUUUGUUUUCCACGAGCACUCUAUGACAGUAUAUGACACUGUUCAUGAAAGUUUGGCAACUUACUAUGCACCUCUAAGGUCAGCAUCAGUACUUACCGUUGAAUUUCUAGCAACUGUAAUGGAAGUGUAUGAAUUUGUAUUCUGUGGUUUCAUAAACAGACAAUCCAGCAAGUAAAGGCUACGCGGUCAGUUA